AUGCGUCAUCGGAAGCGGUCAACGACGGCCAAACCGCUACAUGCGUCGGGUAUUACGGCAACAGGCUCCACGACCAAUUGGGAGAAGGCGAGGGACACUCAUCAACGUUCUAAUGAAACGCCGAUGGAUACAGAGCUGAGGUUGUUUGCAGCAAAAGUGGCGCUAUCUUCUCAGGAGAGACAACUGCGCACAACAGUGUUUGAGGACGUGCGUGACCUGAUCACAUCGGCGUACCAGAACGCUACGGUGAAGCUCUACGGGUCCUCCAGCACGGGCCUGGACACUUUUCGCAGUGAUCUGGAUAUUACAGUGGGGAAUAUUACACUGUCUCCGUCGCAACCAUGGCCUCCUGUUGUGUCCUCAUUCUCGUUGAACCUGGCGCUGCCUGUGGGAACGAUGGCCUCUGAGGACAACGCGGACAUCACACGUCGUGUGCAGCCCACCGCAGCCUCACACUGGAACCCGACACUGCGUAGACGUAAGCUGCGCGUUCUGCGAGCGUUGCAGUUUCUGUUGAAGUCUCAAAGGCCUCAUUUCCAAGUAAAGUGCUUGCACAAGGCCAAAGUCCCCAUUCUCAUGGUUCUAGACACGAAGACAAAGCUAUCUAUUGAUAUCGGCGUCAACCGUGAGUUGUUCGAGACCAGCGAGCACGGACGCUCGACUUGUCUUGUGCAAAGACUGCAGAGCACAUUGGGAGCGCCGUUUACGACAAUAAUCAUGUUUAUGAAGGAGUUUCUGCACCAGUUCGACCUGGAUAAACCGUUCACCGGCGGCCUGGGCAGCUUUCGACUGUACAUGAUGGUGGCGUAUAUCUUCCAACGUAACAGCUCCAAGCAAAAGACCAAGUCAGUAUCGUCUCUAUUGCUGGCAUUCUUCGAGCUGUUCGGCAACAGGAAGCUGCCCAAUUUCUUGCAUGAGGACACGCAACUACCGCUUCCGCUAGGAGACGGCGGCCACAUGGAUUUUGGUGGCGUCUUCCGCAUCGACGACUGCGUGGACACGUUUGCAAUGGCUUUCGACAUCUUGAAGUCUACGGGGAACAUCGGGUCCAUUAUUUAUGAGGAGCGUCUGGAGAAGGACCGCAAAAAGUGUCAAGCGAUAGAAGAGUGA